AUAAUAAUAAAAAAAAUGUAUGUUCUUAUUCAAAUAUAAGCAACCUUGUUUUGUGCUUCGCAAAUGUUUUAUUCCUUGAUCUCUUUAACUUGUAGAAUCUUAAAAAAAAUAAGAGUACCUAAAUCGUAUUGAAAUAAUUGGUUAUGAUUUGUCUACCAGAAAUAAGUGAUAAAUAAUCAUAUAUCCAUCCAUAAUAGAGAAAUUAAUUAUCAAAAAGAUUAUAUUUUGCUCAUAUUGAGAUUUAAAAUAAAUAAGUCAUACGUAAUUCUAUUUAUAUUUGAGGUAUUAAUUUUCAAAGUCGAUUUUAUCAUCAAUUUCUAAGACAAUGUUUACUUUCUAUCACUAAAACACCAGUCUUAUGAAGUAUAAAAUGAAUUUAAUUUAUUGAAAAAGAAUAACAGAUGUGAUGAUUAUCAACAAAUGUAGUAAUAAAAAACAUUAGAAAUAUUUAAUAAUUUAUUAUUUAUUAGAACCUAUAUAUCCUCCACCUCUCUCACACAUAAAACACAUUUUACCUUAUAAAAUUAAGAACAAAUUUUGUUUAAAUGUUUAAUUAAAAUAGAUGUGAAGUUAGAGGUCAAUACCACAUUAUUAAGAGUAUUUGCAUUAGUUUACGCCACCUCAAUUAAUUAUUUUUUAAUUCUGUCAAAAAUAAGUAAUUCAUGUUAAAAAUAUAAUAUUUAUACUGUAUAAAUUUAUCCUGACCAAAAUUCGUUAUCAGCAUAUUAUAAAUAUAUAGUCGAACUCCCUUGCCAAGAAAGAAUAGACAAUUGAGAUUUGAGACUCUCUCUCUCCUUAGAUUGCAUUUUGCGCUGCUGGUCAAAGACCUAAGAUUUUAUGCUCAUUAUCACUAACAUUUAGUUUCCCCGAAUGCACUCGUGUGACUGAACGCCAUUCACAGAAGAAUGGAAGCUGCAAAGCUGCUUUUUCUACACAAAUCUUCCUGGCUUUUGGCUUUCAGGACCCAAAUGGCACAUGCUUUUGUUAUUUUGCUGCUCAUUCUCCAUUGGGUUGGUACAGUUCGAGCUUCCUAUAGUCUUCUCUCUCCUAAAGGCGUUAACUAUGAAGUGGCUGCAUUGAUGGGACUGAAGAGUAAAAUGGGAGAUGAGUAUCAUGUUCUGGAUGGAUGGGAUAUCAAUUCUGUUGAUCCUUGUACUUGGAACAUGGUUGGUUGUUCUCCUGAGGGGUUUGUAAUUUCUCUUGAAAUGGCCAGUUCAAGAUUGUUGGGUGAGCUUUCACUGAGUAUUGGGAAUUUGAGUCACCUUCAAACAAUGUUACUGCAGAACAAUCAGUUAUCUGGUCCCAUCCCAGCUGAAAUUGGAAAGCUUUCGGGAUUACAAAAGCUUGACCUGUCGGGUAAUCAGUUUGUUGGUGAAAUUCCAAGCUCGUUGGGUUACCUAACUAGUCUAAGCUACUUGAGGCUUAGCAGAAACAAAUUGUCUGGACAGAUCCCUGGACUAGUGGCAAACCUUACAGGCCUUUCAUUCUUGGACUUAUCAUUCAAUAAUCUCAGUGGUCCCACUCCAAAAAUCCUGGCUAAAGACUACAGUAUCAAGGGAAACAGCUUUCUUUGCUCUGCAUCAUCCACAGGACCUUGCAUGAGUGUUCCAACUUUAAAUGACACAAGUUCCUUUGGGAAAGUCCGCAGUCAUCAUCAUUGGGUUCCUUCUGUUGUCAUAGGAGCCAGUUGCACGUUUGUGGUUUCUGUGAUGCUGGUUGUUUGUUGGGUGCAUUGGUGCAGAUAUCAUCGACUACACACAUCAUAUGUGCAGCAAGAUUAUGAAUUUGAUAUUGGUCAUCUAAAGAGGUUUUCAUUGCGAGAAUUACAAACUGCAACUGGCAAUUUUAGUUUCAAAAACAUACUUGGACAAGGGGGAUUUGGAGUUGUCUACAAAGGGUAUCUUUCAAAUAAGACUUUGGUGGCCGUGAAAAGGCUGAAAGAUCCUAAUUUCACUGGGGAAAUGCAGUUUCAAACUGAAGUUGAGAUGAUAGGUUUGGCUUUGCACCGGAAUCUUUUGCGUCUAUAUGGAUUCUGUAUGACACCUGAUGAGAGGUUACUUGUUUAUCCUUAUAUGCCAAAUGGGAGCGUCGCUGAUCGCUUGAGAGAUACUGGUCGAGAAAAGCCAUCAUUGGAUUGGAAAAGGCGCAUGUGUAUUGCACUCGGAGCUGGUCGGCAAAAGUCAUUAGACGCUGGAAAUGGUCAGGUUCAGAAGGGGACGAUCCUUGAUCGGGUUAGAAUAUUGUAUGAAGAAAAGAGACUGGAAGUGCUUGUAGACAGGGAUCUGAAGGGAGGUUUUGAUGCAGAAGAGCUAGAAAAAGUAACACAAGUGGCUCUGUUGUGUACACAAUCGAGCCCGAACCUCCGGCCAAAGAUGUCAGAAGUCUUGAGGGUUCUAGAAGAUAUAGUUGGAUGCCCCGGACAUGCCGAAGAAUCCCGAGUUGGAGCCAACACACCUGAAGGUAGGACUUUGAGUUUCUCUAGGAAUUUUGGUGAUGUCCACGAAGAAUCGUCAUUCAUUAUUGAAGCAAUGGAGCUUUCUGGACCACGGUGA